GAGUUCAAAGAGAAGAAGGAGAAGGCGAAGAAGGAUAAGGACAAUAGUGGGGGCAAGACCCAGUUAGUGAUUACGGACGGGUCAGAGUCCUUUCAGAUGGCGAACCUUGCAAAGGUUAUAAAUGUGCCGGCCUGCUUUGUGGAACCCCACAAGGAUCCCCUAACCAUAUGGGAUAGCGGCGCUGGCUGCCAUAUCGCGAGCGAUAGAUCACGAUUUUCAAUGCUUUUUACGAUCGACGGUCCUACGGUCCAGGUGGCCAACAAGGCCGUUCUGAAGGUCCAAGGCGUCGGCAUGGCGUCCAUCCCAGUCGGCGAGAGGUUGAUUGAAUUCAAUCACGUAUACUACGUGCCAGGACUGUCAGCUAACCUCAUCUCCGCUGGGCUUAUGGAACGCCAGGGCUAUAUUCGCCGUGAUAUGCACGUUGACGCUGGAAAUUAUUUUGAGUUCCUGUCCCCUACUGGCAAUGACGUGUUCUAUGCCAACCUUUCCCGCAAUAAUAUUUACAUCCUAUCCGACAGUCCUCCGACGUUUGACGGCGUUAUGAAUGACCAAGAAUAUGGGGCGGUCGCGUACGUGGCUGUUCCGAAACCAAAGACAAUUUCAACGGAUUAUGACCCGAACGCAGGGUCCCUAGGGCCGUUCAGCCGUGAGGAGGUUGAGCGAUUGAUUAACCCCAAGGAUCCGGAUACGGAUUCCUUCGUCAUAUCCCCACCUAACCGACUCCCUGCCGUGGUCCCGAAGCAACUGCCGUUUGAUGAAUGGCACCGUAGAUUGGGCCAUAUCGGCGAAAAUAAUAUAUUGAAGAUGGCCAGGGACCCUCGCUUCGGAAUUGCCAUUAUCGGCCCGAAGAAGUUGUCAUUCUGCGCCACGUGCGUCAAAGCCAAGCAGAGGCGCGCUACGUAUAAGAAUUCCGCACCACGCCGUGCCACUCGCAAAGCUCUUAAGAUUUGGGUGGAUAUUUUCGGCGGAGGUGAGACCCUAGGAACCGAAAAUGACAUAUCCUCCUACGCCGGCAAGAAACUUGCCAUGGUCAUUACAGACGACGCAACGCGAAUGAGAUGGAUUUUCCUACUGGAACGCAAGGAUGAGACGUUGAAAUAUUUACGAAUCUUCAACCAAUUCAUCAAGAACCUGCUGGGCCGUGGCAUCGCGAUUAUACACUCCGAUCGCGGCGAAUUGAAUUCGAACGCGGCUACGGCAUAUAUGCUUAGCGAGGGGAUUAAGUGGGAACCCACUCCCCCCCAUACUCCACAACAAGAUGGGGUAUCCGAACGUUCGAUCGGGUUAAUUAUUGAAAAAGCCCGAUCGCUAUUAAUAGACUCUUCCGCUCCCGAAAAGAUGUGGGGUGAGGCGGUUAUUGCGGCCACGGAGCUGCUCAAUCUUAUGCCGACCUCCACGAUUCUAUAUGGCGGUCCCGAAAAUAUGAAGCCGAUUACCCCAUAUGAGGCAUGGCUUGGAGCGCUCCCGUCGGCCCGUGGAAUCCGCCGUUGGGGUUGCAAGGCGUUCCUGAAAAUAGCCCCUAAGCCCACGAAUAAGAUGGCUUCCCGCUCAUUAGAGCUAAUUUUUGUAGGUUACGAUGGCUUUACCAAUUACAGGUUGGUUGACCCUUCCAAUGGGCGUCUAUAUAUAUCCAAAGACGUCAUUUUCCAGGAGGAUCUUCACCUUAUGGAUCCGUCGGCCCCAGCCACUGGGCACCCGAAGACCCUACCCACGGCGGCCCGUCAGGCGGCUGCAGCGAUUCCUUCGCCGAUUCCUUCGCCGACUCCUGGCCCGAUUCCUUCAGUUAAUGACCUAUUCAUCGAUGAAGAAGUCCAACCCCUCCGUCCGCUAUUCCUAGUUCCCACCAAUAAUUGGUGGAUAGACUAUGAAAUAUCAGCGAGAAUACCGACCUUUUUGGUGCAGAAUACACCGAUUUCCCCUAGCCCUCCUAUUGAGAUUGAGGAUACCCCGACAAUUACAGGGAAUAACGAUUCAGUGGGGGAAUCUUCAGUGGGGGACGGUUCCGAUGAUCUGCCUUCCGAUCCCGAGAUAUAUGGGUUGCCGAUUCCGAAGAAUCUCACGCGCGCUAAGGCUUCCCCUGAGUGGAAGUUCUACUAUAAGGCCUGCGUUAAAGAGGUUAAUCGCUUAAAGCAAAUUGGGGCCUGGCGAUUAAUUGAAAGAACCCCUAAUAUGGCGGUCCUUCGGGGCCAAUGGGUGUUCGACAAAAAGUUCAAUAAUAUGGGCAAAGUAGUCCGCUAUAAGGCCCGCUGGGUGGUCUGCGGCAAUUAUCAACAAAAGGGUGUCGACUAUUCGAAGACCUUUGCACCCGUCGUUUCCGCCUCCACGUCCCGAGCUCUCAUGGCAAUCUCGGCAUCCCGAGGGUGGCACGUUCUGCAAAUCGAUAUGGUAACCGCGUUCUUGAACGCCCAACUGCCGGCCGACGAACGGAUAUAUAUGAGCCAGCCUACGGAGCUUCCGUGA